CCGCCACGUGGCAGACCCAGAGGGACCCGCCGAAAUUCACAUAUUCGCUCCUCUUCAAGAAUCUCUCUCAUGACGCUCCCUCUCGAUUGCUUUGGCGUGUUUAGAUCGAACAACUGGUCUCCGUCACACGACACACAACCGGAAUUUACAUAGAUCCGCCAUGAAACCCAACCCCUUCAAGCUUCGAGUCCAUUAGGAAUUGGCUCCCUUGAAACUUCCACACGCAUGCCAUGUCCGGCUCCCUCGAGCGUGGUUAUGAGGGGAUCUCCGAUUCCCAUGAGGAAAAAAGAGAACUAAAAUGGGAACUCGAAAGUUUUGGAGAGGAGCGGCGGACAAGGAUGGGGAGUCUGAAAAAGAAAGCGAUCAAUGCAUCACAGAAGUUCAGAAGCUCGCUCUCUGUCAAGAGAAGGGGCCACAGGAAGAGCGAUAGCCAAGUUAUAAACUCCCCAAUCGAGGAUGUCCGGGAUGUUGAGGAGCAAAAGAUUGUUGAUGAAUUUCGGCAAACGCUGAUUUCAGAUGGGUUUCUACCUCCAAGACACGACGAUUAUCAUAUACUUUUGAGAUUUCUGAAAGCAAGGAAAUUUGACAUCGAGAAAGCAAGACAUUUGUGGGCUGAAAUGAUUCAAUGGAGGAAGGACUUUGGCACUGACACGAUUUUGGAGGAUUUUCAGUUCAGAGAGAGAAAUGAAGUUCUUCAGUACUACCCUCAGGGGUAUCAUGGGAUAGAUAAAGACGGAAGACCUAUUUAUAUUGAGAGACUCGGGAAAGUCAAUCCUGACAAGCUUAUGCAAGUGACUACUUUGGAUCGCUAUGUUAGAUACCAUGUUCAGGAGUUUGAGAAAACUGUUGCCUUUAAGUUCCCAGCUUGCUCUGUUGCUGCAAAGAAGCAAAUAAAUUCAAGUACAACCAUUUUGGAUGUUAAGGGCGUGGGUCUUAAGAACUUUACAAAACAAGCACGUGAACUCGUCAUGCGGUUACAGAAGAUUGAUAGUGAUUAUUACCCCGAAACACUCUCCAGGAUGUUCAUCAUCAACGCUGGUCCUGGUUUCAAGCUUCUCUGGAACACAGUGAAGUCUUUUCUUGAUCCCACGACGAUUUCAAAGAUUCAUGUUCUUGGUAACAAAUAUCGAAGCAAAUUACUUGAAGUAAUUGAUGCAAGUGAGCUGCCAGAAUUUCUUGGUGGUAGCUGUACUUGUGCCAACCAGGGUGGCUGCAUGAGAUCGGACAAGGGUCCAUGGAAAGAUCCCGACAUACUAAAGAUAGUGCUUGAUGGCCAAGCACUACCUGACAGACAUACAACGAUGGGCAGGAACAUCAAUGAGGAAGUUGCUUCUUGUGAUACCCUGGCCCGUCCCCUGAUAAAUAAAGGUACGUCAGCUGCGGCAGCAUCAGGAUCUGAGGUGGAUGAUAUAGCUUCUCCCAGAACAGAAAGGAGCUAUAUUGUCCCAGAUGUGACUUCUUUCUCUGAAGAAGCAAAGAUGACAAGUAACGGAACUUCUGUGGGUAACUUAUCUGGAUAUGUUGAAAGUAGUUCUAUGAUUGACGAGGCUGUAGACCAGGGUUCGGGGAUGACAGACAGCCUUCCUGGAGGGAUGUUUCCUGUGCCUGGCAUUGAUAUACAUGGAGGAGGAACCUAUACUCGUUUCGAUGCUGCGCUAGUGGCCUGCUUUAUGCUCGUCCUGGCUUUUGUCCGUUCAGUCGCAUACCAUUUGAUUGAGAAGGUCAGCAGCUCUAUGCUCAAUUCCACUCGUCAUAAUCCUGAAUCUGUCAUGGAUCCUGUUGAGGAGUCCCAUCUGCCUUCCACUGUUGCUAAGCAUAAAGAGGGGGAUCUUUCCUCAUCUAUUUGGAGAAGGCUGGAUGAACUUGAAAAGAAGGUAGGAAUGCAACAUGAAAGGCCUGCUGCAAUUCCACGUGAGAAGGAAGAGUUGCUGAAUGCUGCUAUUUGCCGCCUAGAUGCAUUAGAGGCAGACCUAAUUGCCACUAAAAAGGCGCUGUUUGAAUCUUUGAUGAGGCAAGAAGAAAUUAUUGCAUAUAUCGAUGCGGCCAAACAUAAGCAGAAGAAGUGCUGGUGAAGAUAUGGGAUCUACUGGUGGAGAGAAUGCUGAGUGGUUUGGUAACAUUAUUCAACUGGCGUACGUGUUGGCACGUCCGUGAGUUGCUUGCUUGAUUCUGGUAGUGAAGACUCCUGGUUGAUAUCCAUUUACGGCCACCAGGAGGGAGAGUACUUCCAUUACUACUCAAUUUAAUCUGCAACCUCCUUUCUUGCAACUACUCAUGUUUAGAGAGUUAUAGGCGGGAGAAUCGAGGAGAAAGCAAAAGAAAUCGACCUGGAUGGAGUGAUCUACGUAAGAUCGUCGUUUGUUUUCAUCCUGAUCAAAGAUGUUCUGUUAUUUCAAGUUCUUGUCAACACAGCCUUGGUCGCUUCACUGUGAAAGAGAUCGGCAUUGGGUUGCGGACUGAGUGUUCUUUUCUCAUGUUUUAUAUUUGUAUAUUGCAUGGUUACAAAGUCA